UUCUGAAUGGAGUUGAUCUCGAACAAAAAGUAUGCCAACCUUUCAUUAAAUCUCUGUUCAAAUCGGUAGUGUGUUUCCAUUUUUGGUCUCAACAAGUUAAUGGGUUUUUUUACCCUGAUCUUGAUAACAAACAAUCUGAUACAGUUGUUUCUUUUAACUAUGUGCAUGCAUAGUUGAUUUUAGUUUUGCACUUUUUGCGAGUUCUGAAGUGUGAAGAGUGGGGGAAAAGGGUACAUAGAACUCUGAUAUUUUCAAAGGUUUGGUCAAUGAUGGUGUCAGGGAAUGACCCAGUUGAGUCUUUCUACAAUUCCAUUAGUGUUGUUAAAGAAGCGUUUUUGCCAUUGGAAGUGGGGAUUAGGAGGGCAGCAAAGGAUCUUGAGCAUUUUUGUGGUGAGACUAGGAACAAGGGCAAUGAGGUUCCGUUGAUUGCACAGGUGAAUGAAGGUGGCGAGUUUCAGAUCUGUGGUGUGAAGAAGAAGGGUGGUAAGGGUGUGGUUGCUGAUGAGAGAAAGAAAAGAUUGCCAACAAAUGUCAAUUGGAAGUUUUUCUUAGGCAUGUUUUCACCAAAUUCAGUAAAUGGGAAUAGGGGCCAAGUAUUGGGUGGAGGGUUGAAGGAGAAGGAGGUGGUGGAUAAAGAAGAUGGUUCUUGUCCAAAUUUCUUGCAGUUUGCUGUUAAUUGGUCUUUGCUGGUUAAUGAAUUUUUUCAGUCUUUGCCAGGUCCUUUCAAAUCUGGGAGAAAGAGAUUUGAUGAUGAUAAAUUGUGUUCUUGCAUGAAGCCCACUGUUUCAUGUGAAGUGAAGCGAAGUGGAUCUAAGGGUCAGUUUGAUAAAACUACAGGGGAAAAAGGUGUGAGGGAGAAGGAGGGAAAGCAAGUUUCACUUGAAUGCCUGAUAUGUUUUAACUUUGUUCAGUUAUCUCAGACUAUUCAGAUACUUGAUCCUGGAGUGCAAGAAAAUGAUAGUGACUGUGAGCAAAAAUUUUCGUUUCCUUAUUGUCAUUGGAAUGCGCUCACUAAUAUUUUGCAAGGGCACAAAGUGAAUGUGAAUGGAUUCUUGCGGAAUUUGGGAUUUGCAAAGGUGGAUGGUAUACCAUCAAGUGCAAUUGGGCCAAGCCCUUCAAAAAAUGAAGAGGGGGAUGGCAGUGCAACUACUGAAAGCAUGGCAAACAAUGGGGAAAGUUCUCAGAAGGUUGCCACUAACAUACUCAGUUUUCCUUUCUCUAAUGUAGAGCGUAUAAAGUCUACACUUUCCAUUGUUUCAUUGACAGAAUUGGUUGAUCUGCUACCGCAGCAGGGGAUAGCUUCUGAAGUGCAUCCUGACAAGAAGAAACUAUACUCUGUACAAGAUUUCUUCAGAUACACAGAAGCUGAAGGGAGGAGGUUCUUUGAGGAGCUAGAUAGAGAUAGUGAUGGCCAAGUAACUAUGGAAGAUCUAGAAAUUGCAAUGAGAAAGAGAAAACUGCCACAAAGAUAUGCUCAUGAAUUUAUGAGACGUACUCGAAGUCACUUAUUUUCGAAGUCUUUCGGUUGGAACCAAUUCUUAUCAUUAAUGGAACAGAAGGAGCCAACAAUUCUUCGUGCAUAUACUUCUCUAUGUCUAAGCAAAUCUGGGACAUUAAAGAAAAGUGAAAUAUUGGAAUCAUUAAAGAAUGCAAGACUUCCUGCAAAUGAAGGCAAUGCAGUUGCUAUGAUGCGAUUUUUAAAUGCAGACGCUGAAGGAUCUAUUUCUUAUGGACAUUUUCGCAAUUUCAUGAUUCUACUUCCUUCUGAUCGUCUUCGAGAGGAUCCAAGGAAUAUUUGGUUUGAAGCUGCAACUGUAGUUGCUGUUCCACCAUCUGUUGAAAUUCCUGCUGGAAGUGUUUUAAGAUCUGCAUUGGCAGGAGGCCUUUCUUGUGCCCUUUCUUGUGCAUUAAUGCAUCCUGUUGAUACAAUUAAGACCCAAGUUCAAGCAUCCACACUGUCCUUCCCUGAAAUCAUUUCCAAGCUUCCGCAGAUUGGAGCACGGGGUUUAUACAAGGGGUCAAUCCCUGCAAUUCUUGGACAGUUUUCAAGCCAUGGCUUGCGAACUGGGAUAUUUGAAGCUAGUAAGUUGGUGUUGAUAAAUGUUGCUCCAACAUUACCAGAAAUCCAGGUACAAUCUAUAUUAUCAUUCUGUAGCACAAUUUUGGGAACGGCAAUGCGGAUCCCCUGUGAAGUGUUAAAGCAGCGGCUGCAGGCAGGUCUUUAUGACAAUUUGGGUGAGGCUCUAGUUGGUACAUGGCGCCAGGAUGGACUUGGGGGUUUCUUUCGUGGAACUGGAGCUACCCUUUGUCGUGAGGUUCCAUUUUAUGUUGCUGGUACGGGCCUAUAUGAACAAUCUAAAAAGGCUGUCCAACAACUACUAGGGCGGGAACUGGAGGCUUGGGAGACAGUUGCUGUUGGAGCUUUAUCUGGUGGCUUAGCUGCUGUCACCACAACACCUUUUGAUGUCAUGAAAACUAGAAUGAUGACUGCACAAGGUCGGUCUGUGUCAAUGACCUUAGUAGGCUUCUCUAUACUCCGCCACGAAGGACCUCUUGGCUUAUUUAAAGGUGCAGUUCCCAGGUUCUUUUGGAUUGCUCCCCUAGGUGCCAUGAAUUUUGCAGGUUAUGAGCUAGCAAGGAAGGCCUUGAAUAAAAAUGCAGAGCUAACAAGUGACCUGCUGUCCCAGAAGAAGGAAGCCAGUUCAGAGUAAAUAUGUAAAUGUAUAAUCCCAAGUCAAGCUGCAGCCCCUCCUGGAAUCAGGUCUUUCAGAAACCAAAUGCCAUACGGAAGUUUUGAGCCCUUUUCCGAGUUCAUUGCUGCUCUUGUCUGGAAUCCUAAUCUGCCGAAAUCUCUCUGAAAUACAUUUUGUGUUUCUUUGUUCAUUUUGUACAUUCAGUCUGCCAAAUGUUGAACCAUAAUUCAAAGUUAUUCUAUUUUGUAGAAGUACAUUUAUAGACUGUCUUU